AUGGCUUGCUUGCGUUACUUGCUGACUUGCGCUUCGGCGCAACGCGUUGAAGAUAACCACAUUAAAUUGAAAACUUUCUUCUUUGGCAAUCCUCAAAGAUUUCUGGGGCCUUAUUCGCACUCAGCUGCCCAGAACAAUACGACAGAUGGGGUGGCGCUGGACGGACAACUCUCGAAGACCUUCUUGACCGCGGCUGCAUGUCUUUCUCUGAUAUUUGAUCAAGCGGUGUGUACUGUUUGCGCUUGUAGUUGGGGCGGCUUUCUUGUGCAGCUCUUCCUACAAGUUGGCUUAGCUGCCUGA